AUGGCUAGGAAAAAGUCUGCGGCAAAAAGAGCCAAGGAAGAGGCUGAAAAGAAGACUUUGGAGUCCAACGAGAACAAGGAGGUGCAAUCAAGUAGCAAGGAUGAAAAUCGGGUUCAAAUCGUAGACAAUCUGGAAUCAGAGGACGAGAGCUCAUCAGAGGAGGAAGAUGAAUACGGAGAAUUGAUAACUGAGGAUGUGGAGCAAGGCAUCAAUAAGGUUCUCGAGGCUAUUAGAAGCGACCCCAAGCGUUUGCUUGAUGAAAAAGUCAAGUUUUUUGACGAAAAUAUUGAACAAAAUGGCACCACUGAGAAGAAAGAGAAGCCCAUGUAUUUGAAAGAUUAUCAUAGAAUGAACUUGCUCAGCGGAGGAUAUAAGGGCGCUGAUGAAGACGAAAAUGAAUAUGGCACCGUCGAUGGAGAGAAGCCAUUCGUGGUUGCGGAAAGAGAGGAAAGAAACCAACUUUUGUCUGAUAUAAAAAAUGCUGUUGAGGAUGGAAGUGAUGAUGAUGACGACGAUUUCUUGGUCAAGAAGGGAAAUAAGGAAGACGAUGAAGAAGAUAUACAUGUUACCAAGUUGCCAGAUGCAUCCAACCAAGAAGAAUUUCUCAAAUCGUUUUUUGAUCAGCAAGCGUGGAUUCCUAGAAAGAAAGACAAGGUUAUAAAUUUGGACAAAAUUGACCAGCAAGAUGAAGAAGAAUUUGACGAAGCGGUUGAGAAAGUGGAGCACGCAUACAAUUUCCGUUAUGAGGAAGAAAACUCGGCUGAAAUUCUUUCGUAUGCUCGUAGUCAAGCAACAUUACGGAGAUCAAAAACCAACUCAAGAAAAAGACAGCGAGAAAAGAGGCAAGAAGAAAGGGCCCAAGAAGAGGCAGAGAAGCAGGAAGAGCUCAAGAAGCGGAAAAUCGCCAAGGCCAAUAAGGUGAUGGACAGGUUGGCUCAGAUCAAAGAAGCGGUUGGAGAAGAGGUUUCAGACGAGGUAAUUGAGAAGGUGUUUGGUGACUCGUUGCUCAAGGAUGAUUUUGACGAUGCUGAAUGGGACAACAAGAUGGCAGAGAUUUUUAAUGAACAGUAUUAUGGGUCUGAAUUGAAAAAGCCCGAAUGGGACGAAGACGACGAAAUAAUGGCUGAGUAUCAUGAAAACGAAGAGGAGAAAGAAGAGGAAGAGGAAGAGGAAGAGGAAGAUGAAAGUCCCGAAUCCAAAGUUUCAGAAAAGGACGACGAGCCAUCCAAAAAGCAUAAAAAAGACAAAAAAUCAGACAAGAAAAAGGCAAAGCAAGAGAAGAAAACGUUGAAGGAAAAGGCAUUGAGUAUAGUAGAGUCGAAUGCGACUCAGAUUCUCGACGAGAUAGAAGAGGAGAGAGGUCGCCUGAAAAAUGAUGAGGUCAAAUUCAAGUAUCGUGAGGUUUCACCAGAAACCUUUGGACUUACCACGAGGGACAUUCUUGUUGCUGAUGAUAGUCAAUUGAACAAUUACAUUGGUCUCAAGAAGUUUGCACCUUAUAGACCCAAGGAAUUGCGGAUGAGAGACAAGAGAAAGUACACCAAGAAGAAACAACUUCAGCAGUGGAGAAAAGAGGUGCUUCGAGGAAAACAUGAUAUCAAAGGAGACGAGAGUGAGAUAUGGAUACCGAGGGAAGAUAAGCCCAAAAGUAAAAAGAGGAAGUGA